GACCUGAGGAAAACUGUGAAACUGCUAGAAGCAAUGAACUGAUGGCCUCUGUGAAGUUGCCAACGUAGUUAUGGAAAAGAGUGAGAAUAUAUGGAAUUGAGGGGUGCAUUAUCUGUGCUUUCCUUGAAUCAUUUCAUCGAUAGAUCUGGGAGAUAGUGGCAGGGAUGGUUCUGCAUAGGGCCAUUCAGGCGGCCCGGGCGGGCAACCUGGCAGCCUUGAAGGAACUGGCCUCUUCUGGCCACCUGUCGGCAGACAUUACCGAUGCCCAAGGGGCUGGUCCGAUGCACCAUGCAGCACGAUGUGGACGUCUGGACUGCCUGGGCUAUCUGAUAUCUGAGCUGGGCCUGGCAGCUGAUGCCCGGGCCUUAAACCGGGCCACACCGGCACAUGACGCCGCAGCUACAGGUCACACUCAGGAGCUUGUGUGGCUGGUGGAUCAGGGUGGCUGCAACGUUGAGGACAAGGAUGCUGCCGGGGCCACUGCACUCCACCUUGCGGCUCGAUUUGGUUGUGUUGAAGUUAUUCAGUGGCUGCUAUCUGUUGGGGGUGUGGCCGAGGUGGAGACAAACUGUGGAGCUGCACCUGCUCACUAUGCCGCAGCCAAGGGGCACCUCAACUGUCUAAGACUACUGGUUCAACAAGCACCCGGGUGUGUAAACAGCCAGACACGAAUAGGCGCUACCCCACUGUACCUAGCUUGCCAGGAGGGGCACUUGCAUGUGGCAGAGUACUUGGUUAAAGACUGUGGGGCUGACAUCCAUCUGCGGGCCCAUGACGGCAUGACUUGCCUACACGCCGCAGCCCACAUGGGCCAUCAUGCCCUGGUUGACUGGCUGGUCACCUUCACAGAUGUGAGCCUGUCCUGCCAGGACAGAGAUGGAGUGACUGCUCUGCACUUUGCUGCCAGUGGAGGGCACUAUUGCAUUGUGGAGAGGCUGCUCCACCUGGGUUCAACGGUCAUCAAGGAUUACUGGGGUGGCACCCCAUUGCAUGAUGCUGCAGAAAAUGGAGAGCUGGAGUGCUGUAAAAUCCUCCUGGCCAAUCACGCGAUCCCUUCAGACCAAGAUAUUGAUGGAUUCACAGCAGCAGACUUGGCUGAGUACAAUGGACACCAUGAAUGUACCAGUUUUCUCCGUGCCAUGGAGAGAAACUCCUUUUUGGCAGAUAAGCCCAUUGAGGGGACUGAAUCAGUGAGAGAGGAGGAGGUCAAGGAAAAGCCAACUUCGUUGUGGCAGCCCAGCAGAGAGGACUACUACCAAUGCCUGAGUGACACAUGCAGAGGGAGUCACAGCAAUAGCAGACAGAUGGAAAGUUUAAAGCAAUCAGAGAAUGAGGAGCCCCCCCGGGCACGGUACCCUCGGCUACAUCUCGCACCUCAUCUUUCCCCAUCUUCGUCCAGCACACCUGUCCAGCCAGAGAAAUCCCCAGCCUGUAGAAUAGAGCAGGUUCAGAUUGCAACAUCUGUUAUUAAAAGUUUCAGUCAGACCAAAGUGACUGGAAGUGAGAAUAAAGUCCCCUCUGAUAAGAGGAUACUGCCUGAUGCGAAACUCCUGGCUGAAAAAAACCUUCUCGGUGACAUGAAAUCCAUCACAUCCUUGAAACGGUCAGGGAUAUCAGGGGCUUUUACAGGACAAACAAGUAAGAUGGUAGUACUACCCACAGAGGAAGCCAACCUGGCAGACAUUGACUACCUCGUCCCUACCCAUGAUGAGAGGGGUCGUCCUAUUGCUGAGUGGAAGAGGCAGGUGAUGGUGAGGCAGCUGCAGGCCAGGCUACUGGAUGAGGAGGAUCAGAGAAGGAAGGAGAAUGGAAGCAAAUAUGCCAAGGUCAGCUGGAGGUACUCCCAGGCCCACAAUGCCAUCCUCGGCCCGUUUGGAGAGCUGCUGACCGAGGACGACCUCAUCUACCUGGAAAAGCAAAUUGCAAAUGUGUCCAUGCAGAAGAACUGUGAGGGCUAUGAGCUAGAGCUUGCUCGUCUGGCUGAGGAACUCAGGCACAUCCUUCCUGCUCCAAUCGUCAACAUCACUGUCAACACACAAUUCAGGAACUUCUCUAGCCAAGUCCCUCUGCCUGUGUGGUGCAGCCGCAUCUCAGGCAUUGUAAAGAGCAUGUCGCUGCUCAUGACCAAUCUGACAGACCAGCCCUACUGCAAGAUGCCCAACACAGACCUGAUAACAGUCUUUUCCCAGACGCCAGACAGACUGAAUUCCACCAGAGGACGCAGGGAGAGGAUAGUGGAUGAAAUUCAUCAGUUUGGUGUGUCAGUGAGUAAUCUAAAGUCCAAUUUUGAGAGUCAGAAUUUCCCGCUGUCAGACAACACAGAGGAGGCUGUUGUGUUAAAUUCUCCCAUGCAAGUAGAUGCUAUAGAGACAGAUAAAAAAGAUAAAGUCCUGAAUCAUGUCCCAGAAAUGGACCAAAACAGCCACUCUGGCAUUGACUACAGUGAGAAUGGGCAAGAUGUCAUAGAGACCACCAGUCUUCGAAAGGAGCGUAUAGUGGUCUUGUUCCUGGGCCACUGGAAAAAGUCUGCCUACACCGUGACACUGAAGAGUAAGGAUGCGGCAGAGAGGAAGAUGAGUGGCGGUGAGACCAGCAUCAUUGACAAGUCUGGGUCAGAGUGCCAGGAAAGUGUGCAGACUCCCCACUCUAAAAAGAUGAUGAACAGCUCUCUGGGACAGUUCUUCAAGCAGAGGAGUGCUGUCAACAAGAUGUUAGGGAACUGGAGGAACAUGAUCUCCAGUGUUCCCUCUAGACAGAUCCGCAGGCUCCACAGGCAGAAGGCCCUCUACUCACCAGAGCAGUUUCUGCCUCGUGUGGAUGGAGUACCAGUGGACUAUGACAGCCUUACCCUCGACCUCUUCAUGCUGGGAUACUUUCACAUCCUGGAGUUGGAGCUGCCCGCAGAUGAACGCAAAAUGAGACACCUGCUGUGCUUUGAGGUGUUUGACCAUGUUGGUUGUUUUACAUGGGAGACGGUCAGGGACUUCCACAAGGCUGUCAUUCAGGACAUUGAGGCUGGGAACCGUGAGUGGAAGGAUGGCUUUGAGGAUAUUAAAUUAAACUUCUUUGGAAAUGCAGUGAAUCAAUCUGAACUUACCCAAGAAACAGAGAAACCUACUCCUCCAGAGAUUAGGCAGGUCCCCAAAGUUAUUGUCCAGACCCCAACCCCCGAUGAAGGGGUGCUGAAAAGUGGAACUGACAUUUCCAGUUUUAGUAAUGAGGAAAUCUGUAAAUACAUUGACCGCAGUUUUGCUUUUUGGAAAGAAAAAGAGGCAGAGAUUUUUGAUUUUGAGUAACUGCUCGUGUCAUAAUUUUGAUAUUUUUGUAUACUUUGUAGUUAACAAAGUGACAUCAAGAUCGGUUAAAAAAUGAGAGUGCCUGUGUUUUGCCCGAGAGUGACUAGUUUUGUUUUUGAGAAAGAUAAAAGGUACCUUUUCUUAGAGAGAAAAUCAUUUUUGUGGUAAGUGAAUACUAAGUGAUGAUCUAUGGUCCUAAAGGAUGAACACCAGCUCUAACACUGUUCCAAA